AUGAGCUCUCGCGUUCACUCUAAAAUCUCGCUAAACCUUCCUACGCGGCUCCCGAUUGGCCGUAACUCCGGCGCUAGGUGCUUCAGUAGUCGCCAAGCCUUUUGUUGUCAGCCGAGAGCGGCUCACCAGAUUCCUACAACUCAUCAUAUUUCGAGUGAAGGAGGAUUUCUUACUCAGACAGUCAUUCACCGUUCUGUGAUAUUGAUCGCAAGCUUCACUACAACAGAGUGUCUCAACGCAAUAUUCCAGCCAAAACCUACAACGAUUCUUGUCAACCCCCACUAUUCCCGACCACCACCCGUCUAUCCAAGUUCCUUGCCUCGAAAUUACAAAAGGCUAGAGACCACAGAAACUGCUAUGGACUCCAUGAGAACCCUGAACACUUCUCUGCCUCGUUCCCCGCGAAGAAAAAGGGCCAACCAACCACCUGAACAGCUUAUCCAAUGCUUCAAGAGUGCCGCUCUCUCCGUCACAAAUCUCUACAAAACAGCCGCCGCCGAUCAGACUCGAUCCCGAGAUGCUGGAUACCAAGAUGCACUCGAUGACCUCCUGACCUUCCUCGAUCAACAGCAUCUCGGCUUAGGUGAUGGAGAAGGGUGGAAGGUUCGGCAGUGGGCUACGGAGCGCUUGGAUGGUAGUCCACCGGCACAUAUGGGCAGUGAUAGUGAUGAUGAUCGAGGCGAGACAACAAAAAGAGCUAGGAGUAGCUCACCAACCGCCCAACGCUCGACUGUACCAGAGGGUGAGCAGGCAAGACAGCCCUCACGAUCAACAUCGCCUGUGCGAGCAGCUUCUGUUCCCAUGGCUCCUCCAGCAACUUCUCAGCCACAGAACAAUUUAUUUCACGCCCCCGAGGUCUUCUCUUUUAGAUCCGCUCAUCCAUACCCUUACGACGUCGACAUGCAGGCCGCCGACACGACCAGCAACACCAUCCCUCAGCCAGAGCCUUUACCGAGUCCUGCAGUGAGAGUUGACGUGGUGUCUCGAGGAUCCCGAACACCACACCGAGGUGGCAAUCAUCAAAACCGGCAUGGUGCUAGAUCUACUGCUGGCGCAAAGUCACUAGGUUCAGUGGCAGGGUCAAAGAGGAGGAUUACGUUUGGGGAUUACUUCGAUCUGGGCAGUCUUGGGGACGGUAAAGAUGGACGUGAUGGAGGCGGGAAGCGAGGCCGCUUUACCUGA